CACAAAAUAUUCUACGCCAACAAAACAUAGCACGCCACAAAUGGAAACAACGCCAAAGAAGAAAACAAAAUCGCAGAAAGAUUCCACAGUUAAGGCAAAGAGAAGAGUUUCUUUUGGAUAUCCGACAACUGGAGGAGGUGCUGAGGAUACCGAAACCCAGAUACAGCAUACAAUAUUGCCGAUUGAUUCAACACUGCAAGCAGCGACACUUCAAGCAGAAUCAGCCCAGAUGCACCCACCCACGGUGCAGGAAGAAACAUCAUCCCAACAGCCACUUCCAGAAGAAAAUUCAUCACAGGGGCACCCACAGACACUGCCAGAAGAGUCCUUUUCACAGAGCUACCCUGCAAUUGGAGACCAUAAUCUUGUUGAAAGAACAGAGCAAAUUCCGGACAUGGAAACUUCAGGCAGUGUACCAGAAGUCCUUGAAUCAAAAACACCGGAAACUACGCCAGGAGAGUCAUCACUCAAUCUAAUACUGGAAGCUUUAAAGAACAUGGACCAAUGUAGAGCUGAAGAAAGCCAAAGGAUUAAUAAUCGUUUGGACAACAUGGAACAGAACAUCGACCAUAUCAAGACAGCUGUUGUUCAACAAAAUGACGCAAUGAUAUCGCUGGCCCGAUACUACGAUCAACUUGUGUCAGCACAUAUGUCGGUGGUUGGACAUUGCAAGAGCAUGGAGCAGAAGAUUGAACAGAUCAGCACCCAACAAAAUGAACAGCGGGAUGGAGAAUCGCAUCAGGAACAACUCUGUCGACAACACAAUGAUUCUCUGGAACAUAUUUCAUUGCAAUGCCAACAGAUUGGAACAGGCCUUCAAAGCAUUCUACUGUGGCAACAACAGUGCAACCUAAACACAAGCAUGAUUUCAACAAGCCUGCAGCUGAUGACAGACGAAGGAAGAAGAUUGCACAGCGCACAACCACAGCAGGCAGAACGAAGUUCGGAAGUCACAACACCAUCAAACAGAACAUCAAUUGAUCAAGAAAUGUAUGCUCAAGUAGAGAGAGGAGAUCUGGCUUACCAAAGAGCAUUGUCAGUUUUGAGACUGCAGCGUCAAAGGUCAGAAGAAUUGGAGCAGUCCAUAAUACAGCAAGAGAUGUGGAACAGAGCACAGCAGGAGAUGUUGGAACAAGCACAGACGGUUAUGUGGAACAGAGCACAGGAGGAGCAUGCCCGAGCCCAGGAGGAACAUGCCCGAGCCCAGGAGGAGCAUGCCCGAGCCCAGGAUGAGCAUGCCACAGCACCGGAGGAGCAUGCCACAGCCCCGGAGGAGCCGUCAGGAGCCCAGGAGGAGCCGUCCACAACAGCAAACUAGCCGGACACAGGGACCAGUCCGCUAAUCAAGCACAGAGGCUGGCAUAGAGCUUG